AUGCGGUUGGGGAUGGGUGUUGGCGCUCUUCUGGGCGUCUGGUUUAUGUGCAAGUGCAUGGACAGAAGAGAUCUGUCAUCACUGGGCUUCACGCUGGAUAGCCCAUUUUGCCAAGAUGCGGCUGCCGGCCUAAUCGUCGGUGUCACCAUCGUCUCGUUCAUGUUUGCCGUCGAGCUUGUGGCAGGAUGGGUGGUCUUCCUGCAGUGGUUCGAGAACUUGGCCGCACAGCAUUUUGUCGAAGAGAGCUUCCUGUUCGCGGAUGGCUUCUGCCUCUUCGGCGAAUCAAUUUUAUGUCUUUCCAAUGACAGCGAGUCAUUGCAUGCAGUCCUAAAGUUUUUCAAGAAAGCAUAUGUUCAGAUAGCAGAAGCUUUCGCUGUCGGCAUUGUCUUUAUCAAGGUGGUAGCGGAGCACUGGCUUUGCCACCGAUACGAUCGGGAGGAGCGGCCGAGGCUGGAGCGGUUCGACGGGAGCCAGCCGUCUACAUACCGACGCUGGCGUCGAAAAGCCGAGCUAAUGCUGCUUGCGCUUCCGAAUACGUAUACGAAAGACAGAUGGGGAGCAAAGCUGCUGGAGUACGUGGGUGGUGAAGCAGAGGAGGUCUGCGAAGCACUGCCGUUGGACAAGAUCACCAAGGACGGAGGCCACACGCUGAUUCUGGAGGCCCUUGAUGAACGCUAUAAGGAGCUACAGAAGGAGGCCUUACACAAUCACCUUCAAGAGUACUUCUACGGGUUACAGAUCAAGCCUGGUGAAAGCUACCGAAACAUGAUUGUGAGGCUGGACUCAGCGUACCGGCGACUACAGGAACACACCGUGGAGUUGCCAACCGAGGUCCGUGGGUGGUUUGUUCUGAGAAAACUUCAGCUGGAUGCCGCAUCUGAAGCUAUGCUGAUGACACACACAAAAGGGUCACUCAAGCAUCCCGACGUGAUCAAGGCCAUUCAGGCGAUUUAUCCGCAAGGUUCCGCAAAGUCAAGCAAUACAAGGACAAAGGAGGUCUACGAGGCGACAGACGAGACUGACGAGAAGGACGGCGAGGAGCUCAUCGAGGAUGUGUUCCAGGCGGUGGCGGACCAAGUUCAGUCUUCCGAGGAGUAUGACGACGAGGACGCCGUAGAUGUUUUCGAGACCUACAAGGAAGUGCGGAAGAGGUUACAACAAAAGAAGUUGGGACGCGGAUACAAGCCAGAUGCCAGUCACCAGUGGAAGCUGAGUGGAACGGUCAAAGGCAAGCUGGAGAUGCUAAAGAGCAAGACGAAGUGUCACCUGUGUCAUGAACGUGGACACUGGAAACGUGAAUGCCCGCGGCGAGGACAAGCUUCUGGCUCAGCGCGGCAGCAACGGCCCAGUGGUUCGAAUGAAGCCAUGGUGGCAGACGAGGACGGCGAGCACUACAAGAGCAUCGAGGACGAGCACUUCCUGGACGUUGAUGAGCUGGGGAGAUUUGAAAUCUUUCUUGCAGAAAAGGAUGACGGUGUGGAAGUGAUCUUAGCCGAUCGCGAAGAGGCGGUCGAUCAAGGAGGUGAAGUGAGAGGGGACUUUGAGCGUAGUUUGUCAGAGUUUUUGCAAAGCUCGGAUUUUCGCAAGGACGAGCGUUCUCAUGAGGCAUACAUGACUGAGUGCGCUGACCUUGCUGAGCAUGGGGUUCCUGACACGGCUUGUAGGAGGACUUUAGUUGGUGAGUCUGUUUUGCAGCGCAUGUCAGAGACUUUGACUCAGUUGGGGCUGAGAGUUCGAUUCAUUCGGGAGAAUCAUGAGUUUCGUUUUGGCAAUUCCGGUACCUUGAGAACGAAGGUUUCAGCCCUGAUCCCUGUGUGCUUAGGAGGCAAGCAGCUCGCGAUAAGGGCGGCUGUUCUGCCAGGUACUGGUUCUGAGACGCCACUUCUUUUGUCUAAGGAACUUUUGCGUAAGUUGCAAGUUAAAUUAGAUAUGGGGAAUGAUAAGAUAGAGAUUGGCCGCUACGGUGUGAGUGCAAAGCUUCGGGAAACAGCGAGAGGGCACUAUGCGUUACCACUCUUCGAGGGCUUGGGAAAGAACAAUAGCAAGAGGAAUGUGCCAACGAACGUGGUUGUGAAGACGCAUGACGUGAACACCGCCGAGUUUUCUGCCCAAGCAGAGCCUGGUAGGACCCACAAAGACAAGGACCUGAUGGCCGAGGUGACAGCAAAUGCGACCACGGAGGGCCAGAUGUCGGACAUCGAUGCGAAGAUUCUCGACGAGGCUCCCGAUCACAGCGACGACGACAGAGACGCCGUGGUGCCCGGAGUCGACGGGUAUCUUGGGCAGAGGAUCUUCAACGUGGGAAAGUUCCAGAAGCAGGGUGCGCUUAUGACGUUCAAGCAGGCGUACGAGAACGACAAGAAGUACGUGGCGUGGGUGAGAAAAUUCAUCAAGGGACGGUCAGUGUCCCCAGACAAGACGAACCACCCGACCAUGACGCAGUUCAGGCUCUACAUCGCCAUCCGGGACCAGGCAAAGUCGCAGCGCAUCAUGAUGAACCCGAGAGCGGUGACGUCUCCACCGGGAUCAAGCAGCCAAGCGCCGAUGCUGAUGCCAACGCGUCCAAAGGCGAAGGCAGGAGCCAAAGCAACGACGAGAGCAACGACGGCAACAGUGCGCCAGAGCCAAGGACCAGCAGGGCCUCAGGUACCACUGACAACGUGGGAGGAUCAAUGGAUCGUGGCCCAGGAUCCAGAGGCGGAGGAGACGUCGCAAGAGCGACGACGGCGACUUCUACGCCAACGCAUCGAGGAGAUGACAUGGCAGCUCGAGGAGCUCGAGGAGACAGCGGACUUGUGA